AUGAUCAGAGACUUUGAAAACCGGUAUGAACUUCAAUGCAUAAGUGCUAUACCUUUCAGCUACGUAGAUGAUGCAGAUAUGCGACUUGAUGAUCCAGAUCUGAAGACUGAUCGAGAACAUCGUAUAGCUCGUGCAUUGCUGGAUGAGGUUCACGACAAGUAUGUGAAACCAAACUUGGAUCGUUUCAGCCAAGUUCAAGCUUUAUCGCAGAAGUUUUCUAUUCGAACCGAUACCCCUUGUUCUACACAAGCAAGUUGUGAUGGUUUAGAGAUGCUGAUCAACCUUUGUUCGUAUAUCCGUGAUGGAUCGCACAAAGCGUACGAAAUCUUUGUGAUACUCAUCCACGUAUUGGGGACUAUGAUGGCUGUUUUGUGUGGUUGCCUAUUUGUAGGCCCUACGCAUGUAUGCUUCCUAGAAAACUUCCCAUACACAUGCCGCAUACCAUACCCCGUGUUCAACGGAUCGUUUCAAGCUACAAUAUCGGUUUGGCAAUUGGUGAAGAUUGUAACAAACAUUUGUCGUAUAUACGGCGACAUUGGUUUCGGCUCCGUAUUCGCAUAG